UGUGCACCAUCUCUGGAGGGACCCGAUGGGCUGUUGCUGUAGACCAGUGUUUCUCAACUCCAGCCCUCAUGGACCCCCAACAGGUCAUGUUUUCAGGAUUUCCAUUAUUUUGCACAGGUGAUUUGAUCAGUUUCACUGCCUUAGUAAUUACCACAGCUGUUUCAUCUGAGGGAAAUCCUGAAAACAUGACCUGUUGGAGGUCCAUGAGGACUGGAGUUGAGAAACACUGCCAUAGAGUAAGGUUACCUGAUCUUCAAAAUGAAAGCUGGAGACACCUUACUGACCACACCCACUUGAUGGUG